UUUGACAAUUCGCCGUUGGCUCGUCAUCUCUUUCGUACUCCUCCCUUUUCCAAUUUGCUUUCUUUUCCCCCACUACAUAUAUAAAGAGACCCCAUUUUGGUUUUUGAGGAAUCAAAAAGCUAUUUUAAUUUUUGAGCUGUUGGUGGGCUUCAAGCAACAAACAAUGGCUUCCAUCAACAUCUCAUGUCCUUCAAAUACAUCUCUCUCUCACCUGCAAGUAUGCAAAAACUUCAAAUUGUUCAAUGGAUUGCAUGGAGUUAAUCUUUCUGUGGCAAAAGGGUAUGCAUCCAAUUUGCCCUCGAUCCAGCUGGGUGGCAAAUCCUUAAGUUUUGAAGGUGUUGGUAGAACUAGAGCUACAGUGAUAUCUGGAGAAGGUGACCUUCUGUCUUAUGCCAAUGAAAAUAAUGUUGAGGAAAAUAACACUCUCAUUGGAGAUCAAUCGGUUGGGAUUGAGAUACAGCCUGAUAGAGUUGCGUUUGGAACACUUGCAGCUGAUACUGCUCUUACAAGUGGUGCUUUUCCCAUUGAAAAUGAUGAAUUUGAUUUGGAUUCCCCUACCAAAGGUUUUUCUUCCAUCCCAGAGGCCAUUGAAGACAUUCGCCAGGGAAAGAUGGUAGUGGUUGUGGACGAUGAGGACAGAGAAAAUGAAGGAGAUUUAAUAAUGGCUGCACAAUUAGCAACACCUGAGGCUAUGGCUUUUAUAGUGAAGCAUGGAACUGGGAUAGUUUGCGUGAGCAUGAAAGAAGAAGAUCUGGAGAGAUUACAAAUCCCUUUGAUGGUAACCCAGAAGGAAAAUGAGGAGAAGCUUUGUACUGCAUUCACUGUGACAGUGGACGCCAAAAAUGGUACAACCACAGGGGUAUCAGCUCGUGAUAGGGCAACAACAGUAUCGGCUCUUGCAUCCAAAGAUUCAAAACCUGAUGAUUUCAACCGCCCAGGCCAUAUUUUUCCACUGAAAUACAGAGAAGGUGGUGUUUUGAAAAGAGCUGGGCAUACAGAAGCUUCUGUUGAUCUUGCCAUGCUUGCUGGGUUGGAUCCCGUUGGAGUUCUAUGUGAGGUUGUGGAUGAUGAUGGUUCCAUGGCUAGAUUACCAAGGCUUCGUCAAUUUGUAGAGCAGGAGAAGUUGAAAAUUAUAUCUAUUGCUGAUCUGAUUAGGUAUAGAAGGAAGAGAGAUAAAUUAGUAGAUCGCUCUGCUGCUGCCAGGAUACCUACCAUGUGGGGCCCAUUUAUGUCCUACUGCUAUAGAUCCAUCAUAGAUGGGAUUGAGCACAUUGCAAUGGUUAAGGGUGACAUUGGGGAUGGGCAAGAUAUUCUUGUGAGAGUACACUCGGAAUGUCUCACAGGUGAUAUAUUUGGAUCAGCCAGAUGUGACUGUGGGAAUCAGUUGGCACUUGCCAUGCAGCAGAUUGAGGCUGCUGGCAGGGGUGUACUUGUGUACCUCCGUGGACAUGAAGGGAGAGGCAUUGGUUUGGGCCACAAACUUCGUGCUUAUAAUCUACAGGAUGAUGGGUGUGAUACAGUGGAAGCCAAUGAGGAGUUGGGAUUGCCCGUUGACUCCCGAGAAUAUGGCAUUGGUGCUCAGAUUCUUAGGGAUUUGGGUGUUCGAACAAUGAAGCUGAUGACAAACAAUCCUGCCAAGUAUGUUGGGCUCAAGGGUUAUGGUUUGGCAGUUGUGGGCAGGGUCCCUCUAUUAACACCCAUCACAACCGAAAACAAGAGAUAUUUGGAGACGAAGCGUUCUAAAAUGGGUCAUGUCUAUGGAUUAGAAUUUAAUGGCCACUUAAGCAAUCUUAUCAGUGGCAAUGGUAAACCGAGUGUCAGUCGUCCUUCUGAUGCAGCAUCUGAGACAUAAGUCAUGAUGCAUGCCCCUAAAAUGGUACACUAGUUUAUGCAGCAGAAAUGGGACUCACACAAUUCAAGUGUGAAAUACAGAUAAUCCUAGCUUUGAGGAAAGUGUUGUUAUCAAUCAGACAAUACACUAAAAUUUGUCAAUUGAUUUAAAAUUACUCAGCCUGAAUCCAAGGCAUUGCUACGUGUCUAGCCAAAAACUCUCUUACAAAAUUUUGGCAAUUAAUUGUACUGUAUUGUCAUUCAUUCUAUCAUCUUAAAUAUUGUAAUUAUAACAAAGGAAAUAAAUCCCAUUUUUUGUAAAA